GUGUCUCCUUCCUCAUUCACACAGCUGCUCUGAGGCGCACACAGGCGGCAGCCCCGGACCGGAGUACGCGCACGGCACGGGCCUGGUGGUGUGCGCAAAGCUGCGCCGGUUGGCACCGGAUGGUCCGCAACGGGACUUUGGGUGGAGUUUUUGACUCGAACCAAAGGAAUGUGAAGCACGGAGAAGAAGAGCGGGCGGUUUGCACAGAGUUCGAUACCCCAUCCGCACAAAGAAGAAGGAGUUGUAUAACAAAGAUAAGGAGGUACGAAAAUGGAAAUAAGAGAAGAAGUGACGCGCAGCUUUGGACGAAAGAACUGUCGGUACAAAGGUUUGAUCUCCUCCCUUACCAUUCUCCCCCCUAAGCCCUCACCUUUAACCCCCAUCCCCUCCUCCAAACAUGGCACACCGGUCUCAGUGUUCAUCACUUGGUGAUAACCCCUUGGACCCAAAGUACUUGCCUCCACAUUAUCGUGAAGAGUAUCGCCUCGCUAUUGAUGCUCUGAUAGAAGGUGACCAACAGGGCUACUAUGAGUUCCUCCACAAAGCAGAUGUGGUCAGUUUUCUGGCUCAACCUGAAAUUGAGCACAUCAAGUCCACAAUCCAGGCAAGCAGUCAGACCUCCAGCAUUCCAGAACUGACAUACCAUGAGGGAGCCCUUGAUGCUGAGGGUUCCUCUGACACCUACUGGCCGAUGCAGUCAGACCUGGCUGCGCCAGAGCUGGACAUAGGCUGGCCACUUCCACAGCACAGCUUCAUUGGGCCCACAGAGGUCACCACACUGGUUAACCCCUCUGACCCUGACAUGCCAAGUAUCAAGGAGCAGGCUAGGAGACUUAUCAAGAAUGCACGACAGGUUAUCGCUGUGGUGAUGGAUAUGUUCACCGAUAUUGAUAUUUUUGCUGACCUGCUGGAUGCAACAGCACGCCAUGUUCCUGUUUAUAUUUUACUGGAUGAGCAGAAUGCACAUCAUUUUGUUUCUAUGGUCAUCGGUUGCAAAGUUAACUUGGACUUAAAUCCUAUGAUGCGCAUCAGGACUGUGGCUGGAAUAACUUAUUAUACCAGGACAGGAAAAUCAUUUAAGGGACAGGUGAAAGAUUGUUUCAUGCUGGCUGACUGCCGGGCGGUGCUCAGCGGGAACUACAGUUUCAUGUGGUCCUAUGAGAAGAUCCACCGCUGCAUUGCCCAUCUCUUCCUUGGAGAGCUUGUUACUACCUUUGAUGAGGAGUUUCGCAUUCUCUAUGCUCAGUCAGAGCGUCUCAUUAUUGACCCUGCCAACGCACCACUUGCUAACUCUGACACCAACAGUUACUUAAGUAGCCAGUUCGGUUUGAAGAGAAGCCAGUCUUUGCGGACAACCCGAGGUUUCCUCUGGCAACCUGACAUUCCCCCUACUUUCCCUUAUGGAGAUGUGGAUCGUAACUCUGCACUUCUUUUCCGGAGGAAUGACCCAUUUCGUCACUCCAUUGAACCUAGUCCAGGAAUUACAAUUGGGAAGUUUUCACAGCAACAGUUUCGUUUGCAGCAGUCAUUCCUGGAUCAGGGAAGGCCCAUAGUAUCCAGACAGAUGGAGAUGAAUUCCAGUGCCUUCCAGAGGCACAGCUAUGCAGAGGGAACUCAAGAGAACUACACAUCUUCAAGGCAAUACAUGAAGCAUAGAGUAAUGAACAAUCUGAAUGAGACAGAUUUCAACAGGGACCAGAACCAAAGCAGUCAUUACUACAAUGAAGGGCCUGGACCAGGUUCUGGACAUGGACAAUAUGACAGACUUCGGGGCCGUUCUUCACAUCUCGCCAUUGACCAGUAUUCAGACACAAGCUCACGCACAGAGCUAGAGCCACCUCCUGCCAACUAUGGCCGAGACUACUUUUCAUCUGAGGACCUAGGAGGCCCUGAAGGGCAUCAUGGACCACCAGUCGCUGGGAGGUAUGACGGAAGUUCCCCCCAUAAGAGGCCUACUAUUGGUCAUGCCUAUGCCUGUCAGACCUCCCCCACGCAGCUCCACCCUCCAGAGAAGAAACUGUUUCCUAAAGAGUCUGAUCAGGAAUACGCACAAGACGCAAGUGUUAAACAAGGCUUGAGAUCUUGGAGAAUCAACUCCUAUCUAAGCACUUAUGAGGAAAGUAAUGAAGAUGGCCUUCUCCAACCAAUGGGACCUGAUGCAUUUGAAGAUCCUGCAGCAUUUCCACAGACUACUCCUGCUGAAAGUUCAGCACCUCGCUUUGGGAUAAAGGAGCAGCCAACUGUUCCACCCAAGCCCAGACCAGACAUCUUUAGGCCACGCUUUGGAAAGCCCCUUUUACCUGAGAGCACCACUAAAGACUUUACUACGAUAACAGCAUCCAAAGACCCAAUUUCCACCAUCACUGAGUACAAAUCACUGGCACUGGAUAAAAAAGAAAAAGAGCGAGAGAGAGACCUGGGGAGGAGUGUAUCGGUGCGAGAGGCGGGUGUGGAUGCAGACGUGAAAGAAUGUCCAGAUACCUUCCUAUCGAAGCAUGAAUCAUUUCGCUCACGCAUUAACCCGCUCCUUCAGCGUAGCUCCCGUCUCCGCUCCUCUCUUAUAUUUUCAUCUUCAAAGGCAGAGAUGCACAGUGGUAGUCUAGGUUUAAAACCAGCCACAGGGGAAGAUGAGGAGCUUGAUACAAUCCGCACCUCUUCGAUUGUGGCUCAGAUCCUAGAGAAGAGGCGGACGUCUCGUGAGCCAUUUGAAUGGCGCAAAAAUCUUGAGGAAAGCAAGGAGAAAGAAAAGGAGAGGGAGAAUGAAAAGGAGGAAAAAGAGAAGGAACAGGAAAGUGAGGGCCAACAACAAAAGGAGUUACAAAUGAUAGCGGAGAGUCAAGAAAAAGAGGAAAAAAUUAAAGUUCCCGAAGAGGUAAAGCCUCCACCAACUGUUGAGCACACUGAAUUUAAAACACAGUUUCUCAAACCCCAACUAACACCAACUUUAAACAUGAAUGACCCGGCCAGUCGGCUACAGUAUUUCAAAGACCUGGCUGCCAAGCGAAAAGCAACAAAAAUGGACACAGAGUCGUCAGGAACAGCCACAGAGCCAGCCGAAAAAAAGUCAGACCUUUCUGAUAAACUUCCCAUCAAGGCUGUGCCUCAGAAAAUUCCAGCUGUUUUUGUCAGCUCAGAAGAACCUGAACCAAAAAAGUCAGACAUCUCACUGCAACUAGCAGAAGUUACACACAAACCCUCAAUUAGUUCCACGAAACCCCCUGCCGUCUUACCCAAACCUUCAGUAACCCACCUAAAACCUUCAGAAACAUCUCAGUCUCAAAAAAAGGAAACUGUGCCAGAUAAUCAAAAGAAAGACCUAUUUAAGUCUCUAAAACCCCUUCCUUCACCUAAACUCUUCAGGAGGGAUCCUUUGAAGGUCAAAGGACACAGUCUUCGUCGUAUUUCCUGUGGCGAGGAGAUUUUGACAACAGAUGCAACAGACGCAGAGAAGAGUGAACUGAGAAAGAACCGUUCACAGAGUUCUUCAACUCUGCCACGUGACGAUGCUAAAGAGGGAGGGCACAAAUUUGUGGGAUCGAGCACAUCUAUCAAUACUCUGGGGUCUGAGGGGAAAGGUGAGGGAAAAACGCUUGACUUCCUCAAGAAGCAAACCCAAAGGCUAAAAGGAAUCCUGGGUCCCAAGGACAAAGACAAGAAAUCUCCAGGAGAUGAUAAAACUAUGAGCACAGUCUUAGAAAUUACUGAAGAUUCCGACAAAAAGCAGAGUUCAUCAGCUAAAGACACAGGAGCUACAACCCACGAUCAGACCACAGUCAAUCACAAAACAACAACAGGCCUAUCAGGCCCAUCCCGGUACCAGAAUCCUAGCAGCUCUGUUUUGUUCAGCAGCAACCUGCGAGAUGACACCAAAGUCAUUCUGGAGCAGAUUUCAGCCAACAGCCAAAAGAACCGAAUGGAAAGAGAAGACGCAGGAGUGGACAAAGCUCAUGCAGGAGUAGAGUCGGCACUGGAGAAGAACAAUACCACAAAGAAGAACUGGCUUCUACGACCACAGGGAAAUGUUCAGGAGAGAGAGGGAUUACUGAAAAGGAUAGAGAGCUUAAGAAAGGAGAAGAAGGUCUACAGCCGAUUUGAGAUGGGGAAUAACCUGGGAUAGCGUAAAAUAAUGUGGAAUUAUUUGCACAAGAUGAUCAAAACAACCAACUACCCAUUUAUGCCAAAGACAAAGUACCUCUAUGACUCUACACUGCAGCCUUCCUGGAUUUUCAAAGAAAUAGCACUUGAAAGGAAAACAAAAAAACAUAUUGAAAUGCUGAAAAGAAACUAAGGCUUUGGAGUUUGGAAUGUGCCUGUUUGCCAAGAACCGGUAUUACUUUUACCUAAUAUGGUGACUAACUGUUUACUGGUUCCAUGCACUACGAAUGCACAAAGCUGAAACUGGCAAUUUACAAAUAACUUAGGUUUUAUGGCUCUGACUGCUGAGGUUAGACAAAAUAACACAAGCGUACACUGAGAGUGACAUACAAAAUGCUGUCAUGCCAGUUAAAAAAAAAACAAGCUGGUAGACACCUGUGUGGAUUCAUUGUGUGCCAAAGGUCUACUGAGGCCCUAAACAAAACUAGAACUAUUGUUAUUUCAGACCAUGAUACAAAGAAAAAGGUUGAGAAAACAAUGAAGGGUGCAAAUGUAAGAGUGUAUCUGUGAGAGCAUAGAGGAUGAAGAAUAACACAACAAAUAUUCUGAUGAGAAACAAAAUGUUGACAGAGCAGUAAAGUUUCAAUAAAAAAAAAAAAAAAACAAAUCAGUAGUGAACUUCAACCCUUCAAGAUAGCGAGUGUGAGUUUCAGUUAGGGUGGGGAUUCACUUCUCAGGGUUUACGUGCCUUCUGGGUGAGAACUUUGGAGUUUAAAACACACACACACACACACUUGUGCUACUUAUUGCCUUCUAUGUUUUGCAAUGUAAAUAAAAAAUAGGAGUCAUUUAUAGUUGCCUUGAAUACCUGUGUGAACAUGGACAUUGUCAGUACGUUUGACAAAUGUGAACCCAAUUCCUUUUCCUUUCCUGGAUUUUUAAAUUAAGUCAAAACAUUUGCAGCACAGAGGAGAAAAAGGAUAACUCAAUUUUGCUAUACUGCAGCAGAAACAUGUCUGCUUCCAUUUCUUACCAAAAAAAGAAAAAAAAACUGAGUAAUUGCUAUUAAACCAAAGAUUUAGCUGUGGAACACAGUUCUAAAUCUUCUCAAUUAUGCAUUAUUUAGCAUGUUACUGUACAGCUCAUGGACUAAAGGAUUUAUUGCCAUAUGGAUGGACAUGGCAGGUUGUUUUCUUUUUUAAAUUGUACAUAAUACUGUAAGUACUGUGUCUGUAUACAUGAAUAAAAAUGAGGCUUAGAUUUAAGUGACAGGUUACAGUCGCAGUCAUUCUAUGAAAAUAAGCUGCAUUAAUUUAAAACUACCACAAGUAUGUGGUCUUGGCAGUAAAAAUAACGAGCAAUAAUUAGGUAUAUAGAUUUUUAUAGGACACACGGGGUCAGUGUGUUAUUUUUCAAACCUCCAGUGGUAUUAUGCUGUAUUUGAUGAUUCGUAAGAAAAUGUAAUUUGUUAAAUCUAUGCAAAACAAAAGUUUAUUGUGGCUGUUUGUACAUACUGUGUAUGCUGUAAUCAAUGAUUUUACUUUUUUUUUUGCUGACAGGCUUUUUGACAUACACUAAAUAAACCCCCCUUUGAAAAC